AUGUCUGACGGCAUCCACACCUACACUGGGCCUUGGAUCAACUGGUCAGAAGGUGCAAUCCAAGGAGCCACAUUGACCUUGUCGCAGAAACAUGCAGGCGUCCUGAGUGCUUUUCUGGCCAUCCUCGUUUCCUUUGCCGGGACCUUGUUUUGGAGUAUUCUAAGCUUUCUCAUUCAUCAAGCCUAUACCACGGAGCCGACAAAAGGGCAAGAUGCACUGCACGCCCAGCGCCAGAUCAUCCUUCGCAACAAGACGGCGGCCGGUGCAGCUUGGGCUUUGAUCAUGCUGCCCUUUGAGAAUGGGCGAACGGCAUCGCGAGUUAAGACCAUUGGACGGUCCCUACCAUUGGCGAUAUUGGCCAUUCUCAAUAUCCUUCUAUUCAGUGUGUCUGGUCUGUUUACAAGCUACAUCACCAAGACCGCUGGCAAGUCCACAAUCAUCAUCGGCCCAGGUUGUGGGGGGUUCACCUAUGACACCUCAGAUUCCAUCAUGAACUCAAAAUCAUUGCAGGAUACCUACGAAGCCGCGACCUAUGUCCGUCAAUGUUAUCAGGGGAGCCCAUCGGGGCUCGUGUGCGGGACAUACGCCCGCCCAAGCAUACCGUUUACCACGAAUCAGAACGCGACCUGCCCUUUUGCGUCCGAGCUAUGCGCUUACAACGAUCGAUCGGCAUUUGAAAUGGACACCGGCCUCCUCGAUUCGCAGACAGACUUUGGCAUCAACGCGCGGCCGAAAGACCGGAUUAAGUUCCGACGGGUGACGACUUGCGCACCAGUCAAACAUGGGUCCGGCCUAGGGACAGUCCAGAACGACUCGACGUACGGUGAACUACUCUAUAUCAAUGCUGGAUUAAAAUAUUAUAUGGGCCAACCGUAUACAAACUACACCUUCAUAUACACCCCCAGCCCACAGGUGGAUGGGAUAGGGUACACCCUGAGCACUGUCUUUGCCAAAGGCGACACAACGGGCCUCCUGACGACGACUCGAACAUGGGUCCCAGAUCCAAGGAUCAAUCAAACCGACGCCGACAUUUCUAUGAUGAUGCUAAAUCAGAACGGUGUCAUGUACUUGCAACCGAGCUUUGAUCCCUGGAUCACAGCUGACGUUGAGAAUAAUCUCAGCGUGGAGAACACGACAUACAGUAAGACACUGUGGUCAAAGAGCUAUGAGGCGAAUCUUCUGGUUUGUGUGGACCAGUAUCAAGUAUGCAACCCAAGCAGAUCUGGUGAUUCCGGCUGCACCAAACUUGGUAGCCAGAUGAGUACAUUCCUGUCUGCUUUUCAGACUGAUGGUGCGACUCCAAUUCUGGGUUUCAAUGUGGCCCAGCUUACAACUGUCGCCCGGUUUCUCUCUGCAAACACUGAUCGAAGUAUGUCUUCCAACGUGAAUGGACGAGGAGGAGCUGCUUUGAACGCUAAUGAACCCUCUCCUUGUCCAAGCGUCCAUGAUGGCCUACAUGAAUCUGAAUGCAUACCUUCCACCGAAUCAAUGGCAAGUCGAGGUCUCAACGUGGUUUGCCACCUCGUUGGCUAA